CCUCUCUCCCUCUCUAAUCGUUUCCUGUCGUCUUUGAGCUGGCCCGGUGCUGUUCUUGCCUCCUUUGCGGGGCUGGGAACCUUGAGUUCCUCCUAUCUGUUCUUGGGUUAAGAGGCGUUUUUACCCCCCCUUCGUUUCUGGCGACUGGUUUCUGGUGGUCGUGUGCGCGCCCCCCACCUUCUGUCUGACUGGUGUUUGGUGUCCUUGUGGCGAUUCUUCUUCGUUCUCUCUGUUUCUGAAGGAAGAUACCAUUUUGGAUCUUUGCUGGAGCGCUUUACUGUGAUACUACUGUCUGCUUUUUUUUUUCCCUACUGUUGGUUUUUCUUUGCUUCUGCAGCUUCUGAUCCACAGCUCUUGAUUCCGGAAGGUGACAACAUGUCUAUUCGAUUUCCCUGUUUUUUUUGUUCUUUAUUGUAGAGUUCUAGGCCCCUUCGGUGAGAUGUAUGCGUCACAAGCUUUCCGUGUUUUCCAGCGCUGUUUGAUCUGAGCCCAAGUAGUUGGUCAAGAACUGGGGAUACUGAGUUGAAUAUGAUCUCAAAUCCGGUGGACUGGUAUAGUUUCGGACCCGGAUAGAAUUGGUAGGGAUGCAAGAUUGGAGGGUGCGUGAGUUCGAAGGUAAAUUCACUGAUGAGUUUGCCCACAGCAGUAGCAACGAACAUAAAGGUGGAGUUGAGGCUUCUGGUGUCAUUAGUAGUAAGAAGUUGAAGCAUGCAGUUGCUAAUGAGAAAAUCCAAGGUGUCAUCCCCGGUACAAAUAGCUCAGGUUCACUGAAACGUAAUUCAGAGAACAUCCAACAUGCGAACGGGGUAUUAUCCCAGAAUAUAAGCUGCGCUGGUGACUACAAAAAUGGCUCCAUUGCCUUUCCUUUGAGAGAAGAAAAUACAAUAACUGAGACCAGAUGUCCAGAUGAUAACUGGAACUCCUGUCAGUUUGCACUGAACAAUGGUUCGUCCAUUCUCAAUAACCACAGUGCUCCCCAGGAUAGCCUCACUUAUGGAGAUAAUGAUCUAAACUACAUCGAAUGGCCUGGCAUUGACAAUUUUGAGGAUGUCGAUACAUUAUUCAGGAGUUCUGAUUCAACAUAUGGUCAGCAGCAGCUGGAGAAUGCAGAUGGGUUAUCUUGGAUUCCGUCUUCAGAUGCUGUUUACUCUACCGAUGUUGCUUUGCAACAAGGGCUUGAUUCGUCUUAUUCAGAUUAUGGUAUUCUGGAUGAUCUCUCCGCAUUCCAAUGUGCAGAAGAUAAAUCACUACCCUUGGUUGAUCCUUCAUCAGCUUUAUGUGAUAAUCAAUUCAAUGAUACCUACCUGUUCAGUGAACAAAAGAAUGUGAAUGCAUAUGGUGAACAGAUAUACCAAGAGGAUUUGAUGGAGUUGUUGCCCACUGACCAGAUAUGCAGCGGACAUGAAAACAUUGAUAUGUUGCAGGUUGGAAACCAGUAUCCAUCUGAAAAUGCAAUUCAAGGUACCGAAGAUAAGAAAUUCUCUAUAGCGUCAACUUCCCAGCUGAGUUCUCAGAAUUUACUGAAUCAAAGACACCACUUAGAUUCCAGUUCACCAAGCAAUAUUACUUCGGAGUCCUAUCCAGGAAAGUUCGGUCCAUCUAGCUGUUCUUCUGCACAAAGAAACUCAAAAGCUGGUGUGACACUUAAGUGCGCAAAUGCAGUGCAGAAGAAAACUGUCAACAUACAACCAAGACAGCCAGCAAAUGAUAAUGUUAUGAACACAAGCAGAGCUUCUUACCCUUGUGAGAACUAUGAAACUGAAAGAAGAGGAUUAGGGAAAAGAACUCUGGGGGAUCCUCAAGUUACAAUGGGUAGUUCAAUGGUAGUGGAUGGCUCAUUUGUAUCAUCUAUGUCCUCUGAUAACUCAGUCGAAGAAAGCAGCUUUCAACAACUGCAGGAUGCUGUUAGUCAGCUGGAUGUGCAAACCAAAUUGUGCAUCAGGGAUGGUUUAUACCGAUUGGCACGAAGUGCGCAACAUAGACAAGUUUUUCCAAAUACGAUGAACAGCAAUGGUGGUAGCGAGGACGGAAAGGAACUGGAGAACGCAGAAACUUCGUGCAAGUUCAUGGACCCUCGGAGCAUCGAGACGCAGACAAACCCGAUCGAUCGGUCUAUAGCUCUGCUACUUUUCCGCGAGUCAUCUGGCGGCCAUGUCCAUGUGGCUGUAGCAGCCGACGAUGCCUCGUCACUGAAAUCCCCUGCUGGUGUAUGAUUUCCUGCCUGCCACAUCUCAGUUCCAGGGCCCUGCUGCUAACCCAGGAUGUUUCUAGGCAUGUAUGUAAAAAAAAAAACAAGCGUAUUGUGUAGCCAAUAGUCUGUACUCUGUAGUCACAUUAAUUUUGUCAUGCUUGUAUCCUAUUGCUAGACGGCCGAUGUGCUAACCUAGUGCUGUUGACUCAAAUUUUAUGCGUAAUCUAAAAAAAAUUAUUUCUUUU